AUGGCGAGCGGCGGCCAUAUGCAUAAUUUCACCACCCUCAUCAAGCGGCUCGAGGCGGCGACCUCACGCUUGGAGGACAUGGCAAUGUCCUUGGAUGACCACAACUCCUCGAAGAGCAUGGAUAGCCAUUCUGCGACUGCGCCGUCCAGCCCCGAACCCCCUAAGCCCGCUCCUCCUCCCCCAGCAGGGGAUGUCCAAAACUUCGUGAACCUGGGUGAGAAGAUUGGUGGUCUUGUUGCAGAGCAGUCUAAAGCAGUUCUGCAAGCCUUCCAGGCCGAGCGUACCUUCCUCUAUGUAUCAACAAAGGCCAAGAAGCCAGAUGUGCCUCCCCCAGAGCUCAUGACAGAAUUGCACAAGGCGUCGGAUAGCAUCAACAAUAUUAAGGAGUCGAACCGCGCAUCACCGCUGUUCAGCCACCUGAGCGCAGUUGCGGAGGGCAUUGUUGCGCUUGGCUGGUUCUUCGAGAGCAAGCCCGCGGAAUUCGUUUCUGAGAUGAUUGGUGGUAUUGAGUACUACGGCAACAAGGUGCUCAAGGAGUACAAGGACAAGGAUCGGACACACGUUGAGUAUAUUCAAGCGUACUACCAGAACUUUAAGGCUCUCUCGGCCUAUCUCAAGAAGCACUACCCCAAGGGCCUGACCUGGAACAACGAGUCUGGUGUCAAUGCGCUGGAUGCCUUUAAGCAGAUCAAGAGUGGCCCUGCGUCAGCUGGCGGCGCGGUCCCUUCUCCCCCUCCCCCUCCCCCUCCCCCUCCUCCUGUUCCCUCUCUCAAUGUCCCUGGAGGCGGUGCUCCCCCUCCUCCCCCUCCUCCAGGUAUCCCUCCAGCCCCUGCACCAGCUGCUUCCGGCCCCGAUAUGGCUGCAGUGUUUGACCAACUCAACCAAGGCGAACAGAUCACAUCUGGUCUGCGCAAGGUCGACAGGUCGGAAAUGACUCACAAGAACCCCAGCUUGCGUGCUGGCUCGACAGUGUCAGAGGGCUCUAGCUCUGCUCGGGGCAAGUCUCCCGCCCCAAGCAAGAAGCCCAAGCCCGAAAGCAUGCGCUCCCGCAAGCCGCCGCGCAAGGACCUGGAGGGAAACAAGUGGCUGAUCGAGAACUUCGACGGCUCGGACGAGAUCAUCGAGAUCCCCGCGCAGCAGAACCAGUCCAUUCUCAUCACCCGCUGCAACAAGUGCAUCGUCAAGGUCUCCAGCAAGGCUAAUGCCAUCGCCAUCGACAACUGCACCGGUCUUUCGAUCAUUGUAGACUCGCUGGUCAGCAGUUUGGAUGUCAUCAAGUCGCCCAAGUUUGCUCUUCAGAUCGACGGCACCGUCCCGACUGUUCUCCUCGACCAGGUCGAUGGUGCCACCGUCUACCUUGGCCAGCAGAGUCUUGCCACUGAGGUCUUCACCAGCAAGUGCAGCGCCGUCAACAUCAUGCUCCCGCCCAAGGAGGACACCGAUGAAGACACCAAAGAGUGUCCUAUUCCUGAGCAGAUCAAGAGCUACAUCAAGAACGGUGUGCUGGUUAAUGAGAUCGUUGAGCACGCUGGUUAA